UUACACGUAGUAGAGCAUUGUUCAUCUUCGGCCUGCCUUCAAGAAGUUGGUUUGAAGUCAAAGUUCAAUCGCGAUAUCUAAAUCUUAGACCUCUCAUCACAUCGAACAGCAAGGAGGGAGAAAAGAUAAAAAUCAAAUCCUUCCUUGAGCCUGAAACUUCAUUCUCAUCGCCUUUCGAAGGAAUACUUUUCCUUACGAUUUCGCAUCAUCAACAACUGUCUGCAUUUUUGAAACGAUCUCAAUUUGAGAAAUCGCUAGUAAAUGCUGAGGAAGUGAAGUCAAAACAUAUAAGCAAGAGAAGAAGGAGAAAAAGAAACUUGGACAAGAGACAAAGGCAAAGCUUCAUUCGCUUAGUUGUUCGCACUGCUUGGGAAGAUUUCAAUUCGACUACAUCCUCAAUCGAUCCAUAAUUUUGUCCGACCAUCCCUCUGCCCUUUCGAAUUACGAAUUACAGUAACUACACUCAGUGAACUCGGUCGUUCUCGCACUCUCACUCAAACACAAUGUCCGACUUACCGUCUCUCGUAAACUCAUCCACCUCACUCGACCUCCCCACCUCCACCUGCACCAAGGCUAACGUUCCUGAGUCCACAAGCCUCCCACUCACUUCCACCAAACGUCCACACCCUGAGCCGACCACCGCAACCACUACUGCUAAUGCCUCGGCCACCACGAGUCGUGCUAAGCGAUCUAAAGCGAAUGUUAAGCACAGAAAUGGAAAAGGUCCUUCUCGCAGAAUGGCUACAGCUGCGGUUGCAAGCUCAGCUCGACCUUCUGCGGGCCUCGAACUGACAAAUGAUCGACAUGCCCCUAUCCCAUCGACUUCCACUGGAAUCUUUUCUGCCUUAAUUCAGCAGCAGCACAACGAAAAUCCUAAAGUAUUCAAGCUUCCCGAAGGACUGAGGAACCGCUAUGAGAAUGUCGCCACAAACCCUUACACGGGCGAUUUUGUUGACCAAUCGCGCAUCAAAACCAAAAAGAAAGUCGAUGGCGUGAAAGGCUAUGCGGAAGAUCCCCAUCCAUAUCAGAUCAAAACUCGCGAUGGUAAAACGAUUCUGUGCUAUGCAUGCGGACUUGGUGCCUCUGUUGCCAAAAGACUCAAGAUCUUGGGUUGUGAUGAGUGCGACCAAUACUUUCAUCUGGAUUGCCUGGACCCGCCCCUUGUCGCUCCGCCACCAUCUACUGUGAAAUGGAUGUGUCCAUUACAUGCUGAGAAGGCUGCACCGAGUCGAAGAUUCCCAAAAGAGUCGGUCACAGUCAACGUCACAGAACCGUAUACUCCUAAUGAUGGUGACAUUGAUGUCAUAGUUUCUUCUCAAAGGCGGAUCAAGGCCAAAAACGUAGAGGAACUGGUUAUUAAUCGAGUCAGAUACCAGGUACCCGAAAAUAUUAUCAUCCUUGAUUUCUGGAGCAAAAUUGGCGGUUCGGAUCAUGCUAGUCAAUUGCUGACUCAUCGGACUCGCGACUCGUCACCCUUGACUUCCAUCAGCUCUACGACUGAAACACCACGACUGCCUGUUCUAGGUCAAGACAUCCUUCCAACGUCAGCUGCUACAAGCGAAGAUGCAUCCACUUCACCUAGCAAAGUGAAUGCCGUAGUCUUGGGCCAACAUGGACUCGGAUGUAGCAUAUCGGGGGAUGCCUCACAGCCCUCAUCCCGCUCUUCGUCUCCGGAGCCUCAUAUCUCUCCGCAACCGAAUUUAUCCUGUCUUCUUCAAGCUGCUUCUGUGGUUGCAGAUAAAGACAGCAAAGACUCGGGUCCGAGUCCUCCACGCGACACAAGAUCAACUCAAUUGUCAUCUCAGAUUACUGACAAAAGACUUCAAUCCCGCCGACGUGCACGUAUCUCGACACCUCGAGUGGGCACAAGAGGUUCAAGUCGGCUGGCGAAUGCUUCGGCUCUCAAUUCAACUCCGAAUUCCUCCACGCUCAAUCAGGAUUCAACGGCUCAUGCGACCAAAUCCGACGCUGACAUUGCAACCAAAAUUGCCCCUUCACUCACUGUUUCUCAAGGCGACCAAUCGAAAGGACCGUCGCGCCCUGAUGCAACUCACUCUCCUGCCACAUCAGCUACUCCGAUUCCGAUUCCCGGUGUGAUCAGGAAACCUAGGGGGUUUCCAAUCCAAACCACGUACCCUCCUGCCAAAGACAAUAUCAACGUGGCAGUUUCUGAAGCCUCUCGGGCAGCUAUAGAGUCUCCGAAGUCUCCGAAACCGUCGCAACACCCGUCUGAUCAAGACACAGCUGACGCAGAUACAGAUGACAGUCUGUUUUCCAAAGCACCGACACGUAUCAGGAUCAAAGGGACAAAGUAUCUGGACCAACCGGACCGGAGCCCUUCGAGUCAGGAAGUCAUAAGCCCCCUUAGAGUCUCACAUCUUUAUAAUCGCUGCGCCUCAGAUCGCGGGAUAUCAGAUCCCAUGUUACUCCUAGUAGAUAGAUCUAAAAAACCUACACAAGGCUCUUCAGCUGGUCGGAGUAAACCUUCCCAAGACACUACGCCACGCCCUCGAACUUCAAAGCGCCCGAGUAAUGCAACUGCGACAAACUCUAAACCACUGGCUUAUCCCUCUGCAACGAUCUCAUCUGAUCUACGUCCAGGGUCGCCUAUUGUCCCUGUAAAAAGAAAACAACAGAAGGCACCGGUAGUGAACAACACAGAGUCCGCUAUAACCAUGGUUGAAAUGCUACCCGGAGUGUCCACUAAUCCCAAACCUCCUCAAGCCCCCUUACCUGGAACGUCUUCAUUGAAGCGUGAUACCUCCCCACAUAAGGCUUCUGGUACCAAUGGAGCCACUCGACCUCGAAAAAAAGCUCGUCGCGACGACUACUCAGUCGAUCUAGCAGCUAAGAACUCUUAUACAAAACGGGUUGAUGACAAUCCUUCAAAGCUAGCUUCUACACAAGACAAUCCCGGUAUGAGCGCAGCUGUGCGCCCAGAUGAGAUACUUGAACAGAAGGUCACUAACCCCCAACCUUCAACCUCCAAGCCGAUCGAGGUAUCUCUCAUCCAUCUGCCGCCUCUUACAAAUCCAUCUACGCUUCCCAAGAAAGCUAACAGGCCUGCCAACGUUAAGAAGCGAAUUGUCUCUGCCCCUUUGUCGUCUCUUGAUAGGCCAAUUGAAAGACCACAGAUGCCCAAGAUGAUUCUUAAAUUGCCGGCUCGUCAUACUGUGUCAACUUCUGACAAGGCUACCAAUGCUCUGCCCGCCAAUUUGGCGGUACAACUUUCUACAUCUGCUGGUCCUCAUGGGAAGAGUAUUUCCGGGGCUGCUUCUGGCUCAACUUUCCAACGCGCGCCACUACUUGGAGGUUCUCUUACCUCAUCGCUGCCACGACCGGAUGCCAUGGAGAGUUCACUGAAUGGUGUAAAAUUCCUCUCAUCACCCCACCUUUUAUCCAGUAAAACGAAGACCAAACGACCAAGCGUGGCAAGUUCGCCGGAUAGCAUAAAUUUGUCACCAUCCUCCGUGCGUUCAUCCAACAAGACGAAGGCAAAACGACCAAGCGCAGCUAAGCUGACUGCCAGCUCGAAGUCAAACAUUCAAGCAAGUAUCACAUCCCAUACGUCGACCCUCGAGAGCGUGAUAUCGCGGCAGAAUCUACCGCACGUCGUGGGCUCCGAGUCGGGUGAGCCAUCGGCCAGACCAGCCCUGGCAUCAACCUCGGUCGAAUCUCCCUCUGGCUCGUUGCUACCCAACAGACCUUCAACGAAGACAAAGCGGCCAAGCGCCUCCCCAUCGACCAUCAGUCACAAACCCACUAUGCCAAAAAAUCACUUGUCACAAAACCUGCCGGCUUUGGCUAGCCCUUUGUCACAGCAAAUCCAACCUGAACAGUCGGGUUCCAAGGCUACUACGUCGAAAGUGACGAAACCCAAAGUGCGAAAAAGGGUCCCCUCCGCUGCGGGUCCUUGGGAUUCCGGCGACUUAAUCACAGAUGAUGCAUCCCUAGCACCUGUAGCAUCAUCACAAACACCAAACCCACUACCAGCAUCCCAAGCCACAGCUUCUCUUGCCACACAAACCAGCAUUCCGGCAAAGCAGGACCGAUCAACGCCCGUCGUACCUGUGCGGACGAAAAAGUUCAAAAUCAAACUCCCGAGUAGCAACUCCCCCUCGAAUUCGACGUCUCAAUCUACUUCAAUCACCAGCAACUCGACAAAUGAAUUACCAAAGACCACUGCUUCACAACCGACCCACACUAUCAUUGCUCAUCCACAGAACCGUCUCCCAUUUGUACCUCAUCCACAACAUCCCAUCAGCUUACCACCUAAUUUUGUACCGCAUCCUCAAUACCCUGUCCCUUUUGUCGCUCACCCUCAACAUACCCCGCCUCAUAUCGUGCCACCUGAUGGAUUUGUAGCUCAUCCUCAAUAUCCACUCAAGAUUUUCAAGAACAUCACUCCUGGCCCGAUAGGUAGUGGUAGUGCGCUAAAGAAGGAUCACCGCGAACCAGAAGCAAGCUCUGGUGGUACUGCUACUGGCAGUUCAGACUUACCAAUUGGCCAUCAUCAACUUGAGCCUUCGUCUACAUCAUGA